UGUGCCCUGCGCUGUUGCGUGUCAGGCUGAGAAACAGUGUGGAGGCUGAGUGCUUCCGGGAGGGAGUGAGGGUUCUGUAUCUCCUUGUGUUUGAGGAGAGGGGGCGCCUGACCCUCCUGCCUCCCGGGGAGAUCUCUGGGAUCGCUGAGGUGCAGGAUUUCAUUGUACAGCAAUGGAUUCCUCUUCUCAGGGAAAUGGUGGCAUGGUGUCAGAUGUUGUCUUUGUAAUCGAGGGAACAGCUAAUCUGGGGCCAUAUUUUGAGUCGUUACGGAAGCAUUACUUAUUGCCUGCAAUUGAAUAUUUUAAUGGCGGUCCUCCUGCAGAGACAGACUUUGGAGGAGAUUAUGGCGGCACUCAAUACAGCUUAGUAGUUUUUAACACAGUGGACUGUGCUCCUGAGUCUUAUGUCCAAUGCCACGCUCCCACAAGCAGCGCCUAUGAGUUUGUCCAGUGGCUGGACAGUAUAGUAUUCAUGGGAGGUGGGGGUGAGAGCUGCAGUCUAAUAGCUGAAGGACUCAGCACUGCCUUACAACUGUUCGAUGACUUCAAGAAGAUGAGAGAACAAAUAGGACAGACCCAUAAAGUGUGUAUUUUGAUAUGCAACUCCCCCCCAUAUCUAUUGCCAGCUGUUGAAAGCACUACCUACUCUGGAUACACAACAGAGAACUUGGUACAGAAAAUUGGAGAGAGAGGAAUCCACUUUUCUAUCAUUUCCCCUCGUAAACUGCCAGCUCUUCGGACUCUAUUUGACAAAGCAAUGCCAGUUGGAAUGAUAGAGCCACAGCCCAAAGACUACAGCCAGGAUCCUCGGCACAUGAUCUUAAUCAGAGGAAUGAUCCUCCCAGUUGGAGGAGUAUCAACUGCACCUGGUAUUGUUCCACCCAAGCAACCCAUCACCCAGCCGCCACUUCCUGUUGUUCCACCUCAGCUUCCACCUGUAGCUCCACCUCAGCUUCCACCCGUCCAGCCAUCAUACAUUACAAACAAUAUGUCUGCUGCAGUGGCCGCUGCACAAGCUGUUAAGGCUGCUGAGAACCAGAAGAACAGCAUCAACAAUCGCUUUCCAAACAUUAACCAAAUGCCACCUGCACCUGCUGUUGUUCCUCCGUUUAGCCAGCCACCAUCCCAAGGGCUGCCUCAAGUACCUGUUUCUAAUAUGGCUUCCAAGAUGGUUUCUUCUGCUGCAUCAUUAAUUACUCAGUCUCAGCCCAGUUUGGUUUCCACAGUAACCACAGGACCUGGACCUACAUCAGGAUUGUUGCCUCAGUCACAGGUCCCACAACAACCUGUGCCUCAGUCAAUGGAAUCUCAUGUAGCAAGUGUGUUACAUUUCCAGCAACCUGGUGCAGGUGUACCUGGGGGAGUCACAGCAACGCCAUCUGCAUCAUCUCCAAUCGGACCAUCCCAGCUUCCUGCUGCACAGCAAAAUGUAACCAAUAAAAUGUUGGCUUGGAGUGGGGUACUAGAAUGGCAGGAGAAACCCAAGCCAGCAUCUGUUGACACUAAUGCUAAAUUAACCCGCUCAUUGCCGUGCCAAGUUUAUGUCAACCCUGGGGAAAAUCUGAAAACUGACCAGUGGCCGCAGAAGCUAAUCAUGCAACUGAUCCCACAGCAGCUUUUGACUACUUUGGGACCACUGUUCAGGAACUCGCGCAUGGUGCAGUUUCACUUCACCAACAAGGAUCUGGAGUCUCUGAAGGGUCUGUAUCGCAUCAUGGGAAAUGGUUUUGCUGGCUGUGUGCAUUUUCCUCAUACGACUCCAUGUGAGGUCAGAGUUCUCAUGCUUCUGUAUUCCUCCAAGAAGAAAAUAUUUAUGGGACUAAUCCCUUAUGACCAGAGUGGCUUUGUCAAUGGCAUUCGACAGGUGAUCACCAAUCACAAGCAGGUGCAGAUGCAGAAAAUUGACCAGCACCGGAAUAUGGGAACAGCUCAAGCCAUGGGCACUGGGUCUGUGCAGUCCAACCCUCAAGCCUUCUUACCUAAACAGACUGGCCCACUGCCAGUGGCACAAACAGUGCAACAACAGAUGUCAGGUCAACAAGUGGCUCCUGGAAUGCCUUCAGUUAAUCAGGUUACAAUGAUGGAUGAACAACAGAGAUCACAGAAUCUGUUACACAUCCGAGUGCAGCAGCCUCAGCAAGCCACGUCACAACCACCACCACAAGCAACACAACCUUCUGUCCAGGCACCUGUCCAGCCACAGAACCCGCAGCAAGGGAAUAUGUUAAGACCGCAGAAUCCUGGCGCUAACCCACAGCUUCGUACCCUCCUCCUCAGUCAGCAGCCACCUCAGGCCACUGUUUCACAGCCUCAACAAGCUUUGCAUCAUAUGCAGCAGACUGCUCAGGGAAUGUUACCGCACCAAGCAAUGGGGCAAUCAAUGCAGCAUCAAGCUCCAGGCCAGCAACAGCUUCAGAUGCCAGGGCAGUCUCUUAUGCAUCAGGCCCCUGCACAGCAGUGGGGCAAUCAAAUGACACAGCGAGCAGCUAUGCCAGGAGGAAUGAUGAUGAAUGCUGGGCCUCGAGGUCCCGUCCCCCAACAAGGAAUGCAGCAGGUGCAAGCCACAAGUGUCAUGGAAGAUGACAUCCUAAUGGAUCUCAUCUGAGGAUGAAGAACGGAGACACAGUGCACUGUGAACCCUUUUCCCCACUAAUCCUGCUUUAUUUCUGUCACACAGACUUUAGAAUUGUAAAUACACAUCUGCCCCCGGAUCCAUUGCCUUUCUAUUCUAAACUAUUGUGUUUCCAGAGGGUUUUCUUUUUUUUUUUUAAGUGGAAUCUAAUUGCAGACUUUGUGACACUAAAAGAUAUUUGAAACAGAUAAAUGCUGCUUUGCUCCAGUACCACCCAUAUAUAUAUAUUUUUUUGCAACAAUAUAUGAAUUCUAUUUGUGUAGCACAUUGGGUGACUAGGUCAUAUUUUUGUCACUCUCCAGUCACGGUAAGAUAGGAAACAGAAUUGAUUGAUUAAAUUGGCUACUGAGGCAAGUUAUGAUCAGUGUGUUAAAAGCAAAUAAUGAAUAUACCUUUCCAUAUCUUCAGCUUCUUCCAUAAAAGUGCUGGCUUAUUUGGCCUAUUUUUAUGGAUUCACAAAUAAAACAUCUAACCGGAAACUUUGUUUGGGGAAGGUAUCAUUUUAAAAUUAAUUUUAUUAAAUUUUUGUCACUGUUCCUCAACCAUAUUUUAUUCUUGUUCUAGCACAUCUAAUAUAAGGAGGCAGUGACAUUGGGCUGUGAAGUGCAUUAAGAUACACAAUGCACUUUGUUUUUGAUGGAGUUCAGUUCUGUGUAGUCAGAAAUGUUAGUGAAUAAAAAAAGCAGAAGUCAUUUUUGGUAUAGAAGACACUUUAAUGGUUUCCAUUGCUGCUUCACCAAUUACUGUAAAAGCCCCUUUAUAGAAGCUGGUUUUGUGUUGGGGAAAAAAGGAAUAUUAUUUUUUUUUUAAAUAGCAUUUUAAGUUAUUUAUUUUGUUAAAAUCUCCAAAUGAAUUUGAUACUGAAAAUGAUUACCUUUUACAUUAGCAUAAGGGUGUUAUAUCAAGCCUGGGCUUUUCGUCCCUGUAUCAGUGCUAACAUUCUUCCACAAUUGACAUUGAGCAUCCCGAAAGGAUCCUGGUUAUACAGUGGGCUUUGUGGUCUAUAUAUCGCUAAAUAAGCAAAGAUUGCAUUGAAAUGCUUUCUCAAAAUAUUUCAUGAAGUCUAUAGAAAAUAGGAAAUUGUGUGUCAUAUUCUCUUGAAUUCCGGUCUAAUAUGUUUUUCCCCGUUAUAUUCCAUGGAUGCACAUUGCAUAUUAAAAUAUGAGCACUCCUUAGAGGGAGAGCAGUCCUGACAUCCUUUUUCAGAGCUUAUGCCAAAAUCAGUAAUAAUUUAACAAAGUCUCACUGCACUGCAGGAGGGACAAAUAUGAGUGCUGUUUGCCAGUAAAAUAUUUUGUUGUGUGCUAAGCUUUGCCAAACCUGGUCUGCACUGCACAUAGCAUUCAGGUUUCAUUUCUGUUUAAGAUCUCAAAUAUCUAUAAAUAAAUGAGGUUAGCUUGAUCUCAACAGGACUGUAAAAAAUACCAAAUUGAUGGUACAGAGAAAAAAUAUUUGUGAGCGUAUAAAUACCUUGAGUUCUAUUUCUGUAUUUUCUUCAGUAAAAAAUUAAAACUACAUUUUAGAUCCAAUAAAAUAAAGAAUACUGGAA